GAUGAUUGAAGCGGGAGUCCGCGCCGGGAUGGCAGACUACGACUACCGCACCGCCUUGCAUUUAGCGGCCUCCAACGGGCACCUGGAGACCUGCGUUUUCCUGCUGCGCGAGGGCAAGGUGGAUCCGAAUCCUCUCGAUCGGUUCUUGUGCACGCCCUUGGACGACGCCAUUCGGCACGACCAAAUGGACGUGGUGCAGCUUCUGGUGAAGUACAAAGGCAGGCCCUCCUCCGAUGAGGAGUGCCUCGGCACCAUCCGCGAUGAAUUCAUCAAGACCAUGGAGGAGGAGAACAAGCGGAAGGAUUCCGACAAGUUGGAGAAAGAGCUGAAAACCCACGGGUUCGCAGAAGUCUUAGAGCGCCUUACGCGCCUCCGGACGGAGAUCGAGGAUGAGACCCACCAAUUCAUCGCCUCUGCCACCAACAUCCGCUAUGACCUGUGCCGGAUUCUGCACAGCUCCCUGCUCAUGUCCGACGACUCGGCCCGCGGAGCCUCCGAAAUGGAGGCCUUCAACCGCGUGAUGUCCGAUGAGGGCGGCACAGUUUCGAGGCUGAAGUACCUCAUGGAGAAAGAUAUGAAGAGUUUCGACAGCUGCGCCUCAAAGAUCUUGGAGAACGUCGACAACGAGCUCCUGCCGUGGCUGAACAGCCUGCGGUCCAACAGCCACACCAAGGGCCUUCUGCCGCUGCUCAUGCCCUCCAUCUUCGAGGAUUUGGGUGACCUCACCUCCGUUCUGCGGCACGUGAAGGCGCUUUUGCCGCGGCUCAUGGUGAAGCUGCAGCACGGCGGCCAGGGACUAGGCUUGGAGUGCAAAGCCUUCGGACUGCUCUACUGCAGGUUCCUUCAACCGAGGAGCUCAGAUCUGCAGGAUUUGCUCUUCCAGGCCUUACAGCUCUUGGUGGAGAAUCAGAAGGAUUUGCAGCCCUGGCCAGCCGCACCCCGCACGCAGCAGGCGCUGGAGCAGUUCCGGACCUCCAACCUGGUGGCCUCCAUGACCUGCGGCUUGCAGCGCAAGCCCUUCAAGCCGCCAGAGCAAAAGAUUCGGGAGCUCGCAGAGCAGGAGGAAGAAUCGAUGUAGGCCCAGCUGUGCCCAAGCGGAGGUGAUGGCGCACAAGGCGCAGUUAGACGUCGCCACCUGCCAAAGGCAAGUGGCCGCGUUCUGAAGUGUCACCCGGCUGCGAAAGUUUCGGCCUUCGAUUGAGUCGUGGACGUUUCUAUGGUUGGG